AUGCCGAUGCGAACGUCGGCAAGUGUCACGGAAGAUCGACGAGAAAAGGAAGAAGUUUGCGGUCUACAGCGACCAUUGAAAGAGCGCCUUAUCAAGAAGGAGGCGGAAGUGAGAGAGGAAAUGAGAAAGAUUGCCCAAGAGGCAUAUGUGGAAAAAGAAAAGAUCGAAAAGCAGUUGGAGACGAUCCGUAAGGAGGAAGAGAUCCAGGAGGCCGAGGCAAUGCAAGCUGUCGAGAGUCUCAUCCGGGUCCUCGUGCGCUCGAAGAACUUAGUCGUGGUGACCUCGCGGCCGCUCCUCAGUGGAAGAUCUGCGUUGGAGUCGGAUCCUGAGUUGAUCCUGACGAUGCGACUGGAGAGCCUUUCCGAUGAGCAGAAGCGGAUGGUUGCCUACGCGCGUCUGGGUGCCGAAGGUAUUGAAGCUUACGACAAGCUGUUGGCAAGGCUCCGUAGCUCCCAAAAUGUUUCCGACCAGGGAGAGGAGGCCGCAAGCGACGGAGCUGAGGACGUCUUUGGGAACCCCAUGAUGCUCAGCAUGCUGCUGUGCUACCUGCAGACCAUGGCUAAGAAAUAUGCCGAGAAGAAGGAAACAGAGGGCGAGGAGUACGCAGCAGAGGCCAAGGAGGAGGAGACGACGCUGACGGCCGUCUAUCGCGUCGCAGUGGAUGUCAUGCUGCAGCGUGUGCAAGCCCGGACACAGUCAGACCGCUGGCUCUUGCAGGAGCGAGUGGACCAGUCGAAGCAGAUCCUUCAGAUCAUGGCCAUGGCCAUGCAAACCAGUAGGCGGGCCGAGCUGAGGGUGGAGGAG